AAGAGGAGGAGGAGGAAGAGGAGGAAGAGGAAGAUGCAAAGGGGGACGCAGAGGAUGCGGAAGAAGCGGGGGAGGAAGCUGAGGGCGUGGAGAAGGACGCGGAUGAUGAAGACGAGGAUGAGGAUGAAGAUGAAGAUGAGGAUGAUGAUGGUGAUGAAGAUGAGGAUGAGGAUGAUGAGGAUGAGGAUGAUGAAGAUGAUGAAGAUGAUGAAGAUGAGGAGGAGGUGGCGCGGGCGCAGGAGCGGCUGCUGCAGGCGCUGAUGGGGCGCGUGGGGCGGGAGCUGCCCCAGCAGGAGCUGACGCGGGACUGGGACGUACUGGGAGAACUGGGAACCGGAACCUACGGACGAGUCCUGAUGGCACGGCCCCGGCACGGAGGUGCGCGGGUGGCUCUGAAGCUGCUGUCCAAGGAGCGCACGGCCAGGUGCGCGUUCCUGCGCGAGUUCUGCACUCACCUGUGCCUGCGGGGGGCGCGCACCUGUCUGCAGGUGCUGCCCCUCGCCUUCGAGACCCCCACCGAGUUCGGCUUCGCCCAGGAGCUCGCACCUGCCGGGGACCUGUGCGGGCUCCUCACACCUGGCGUGGGUCUCCCGGAGCCCCAGGUGAAGCGCUGCGCCGCCCAGGUGUCCUCAGCCCUGUCUUACCUGCACGGCCACGCUUUGGUCCACCGCGACCUGAAGCUGGACAACGUCCUGACCUUUGACCCCGAGUGUCACCUGGUCAAGCUGGCCGACUUCGGCCUGACGCGUGUCCAGGGCUGGCAGGUGCGGCCCGCGCCGGGCGCCGCUCCCUACGCCGCACCUGAGCUGUGUCACCUGCGCUCAGGUGAGCUCCGCCUGCGGCCCGCGCUGGACACCUGGGCCUUCGGCGUCCUCCUCUUCGCCCUCCUCACCGGUUCCUUCCCCUGGGCCUCACCUGAGCGCUCCGACCCCGCCUUCCGCCGCUUCCGCGCCUGGCACGGCCGCACCUGCCCAGGUGAGGCCCCGGCCCCGCCCCCGCGCAGCUGGCGGGGGUUGGGGGAGGCGGCGCUCAGGUUGCUGCGGGGGCUGCUCCACCCCCGGCCCGCCAGGCGCUGCCCCCCCGGGGAGGUGCUCAGGUACCUGGGCAGGCCCUGGGCAGGUGAGGGGGGACAGGUGGGAGGGGACAGGUGA